AUGGCAAAAGUAACAUCUAAGUUAGUACUAGUCUUGUUUCUACUGGCAGUGAUAGUGGUGGCCGGAGUUAAAGGGCAAGGUAGUGGAACAGGGUGGCAAGGAAGUGGAACAGGGUGGCAGCAAGGUGGUAGUGGAACAGGGUGGCAGCAAGGUGGUGAUCAUCCAAGGGAGCAUGAAGGAAAAGGCGAAGGAAGGUUUCCGCCGGAGGGUGGAUAUGGUGGAGGUGGUCAAGGAGGGUGGCAAGGUGGUGAUCAUCCAAGAGAACAUGAAGGGAAAGGGGAAGGAAGGUUUCCACCGGAGGGUGGAAGAGGCCGCGGUGGUGGUGGUGGAAGGACGGACUAUCCACCGGAGGGAGGACGUGGAACCGGUGAGCCUGGUGGUAGAGGGAGGGUGCCGAGGGAUACAAGGAGGUAUAUAUUGUCGGAUAUGAAGAGUGUGGUGGCGACAGAUGCGGGUGGAAUGAGGGUGGUCAAAGGUGUUGGUGGGCCACACAAGGAAAGUCCGAUGCAUAUUGGGUUUAUUACAAUGGAACCAAAUAGCAUGUUCAUCCCACAAUAUCUUGACUCAAGCUUGAUCCUCUUUGUUGAACAAGGUGAGGCCAGAAUUGGGUCCAUCUUCAAAGAUGACUUUGUAGAACAAGAUCUGAAAGCUGGAGAUAUAUAUAGAAUCCAGUCUGGGUCAGUGUUCUAUUUGGUCAAUAGAGCCCAGGGUCAAAGGCUACACAUCAUCACCAGCAUUGAUACUGCUGAAAGCAAUGAUUGGCAUUCCUUCCAGGCAUAUUUCAUAGGUGGAGGAACAAAUCCAAAGUCGGUGCUUGCUGGGUUCGAUAUACAAACUAUCGCGACGGCUUUCAAUGUUUCAUCUGAUGUUGUCGGUGAGUUGCUUUCCAGCCGACAACAACAAGGGGCAAUAGUGUACUUGAGCCCUGAAGAUGUACCUCAAAAAGAACCAAGCACGUGGAAGAAGUUCUUGGACCUCGGUACAAAUGAGCGAAAAACACAGAUGAAGAAAUUGGUACAUGUGCCCCAGAAGGUUGAAGAAGAAAAACCAGCAUGGUCGUUUGGCGGAAUCUUUAAUUCUGUUUUUGGGAAUAAAAAGGAUAGCAGCGACAAGAAGUUGGGUUCGUACAAUAUCUAUGAUCGGAAGGCUGAUUUCAGAAAUGACUACGGUUGGAGUGUAGAGGUCAACGGAGAUGAUUAUGAACCACUAAAGUGGUCCGACUUUGCUGUCUAUCUUGUCAAUCUCACUGCGGGGUCGAUGAUGGCGCCACAUAUUAAUCCUUCAGCAAUAGAGUACGGUGUCGUAUUGAGUGGAACUGGGAACAUUCAAGUCGUGUUUCCGAAUGGAACUUUGGCUAUGGAUGCCGAAGUGACUGAAGGAGAUGUGUUUUGGAUACCACGCUACUUUGCCUUUUGUCAAGUAGCUUCAAGAACAGGUCCAUUUGUGUUUUUUGGGUUUACGACAUCUGCACAAUAUAACUACCCACAGUUCUUGGCGGGUCAAGGUUCUGUUCUACAAGCCAUGUUAAGCCCGGAGCUUGCAGCUGCAUUUGAUUUGAGUGAAAGUAGGAUGUCCGAGAUCAUCAAUGCUCAGAGUCAGUCCACCAUUUUUCCGUCAGCUUCUGCUUCACCAGGCGGCGGUGAUGAGGAAAUUCCAGAGGGUGAAGCUGAGGGUAGUGAGUUGUUGAUGAGGAAAAUGGGAUCUAAAAUAAGGAUGAAGAAGAGCAGUUUUGCCUACAACAUGGCAAUGGGAAUGAAUUAGUAGUAUCUUCACAAGUUUGUAACUAGUAUGUGUAGAAGGCCGAUGAUGCCGUUUUCAAAUCAUGUGUCUCUGUGUCGUUUGAAUUUAGUGAAUUGUGCUCGAGUUUUGUAUUUUA